GGAAUUUCGCACCGCGCGGGUUGGAAAAUUCCUGCGGGCCCAUCCCUACGUCAGCGUUCCUCGUUUUCCAACACAUCUGCGCGUAGAGAAGAAGAAGAACCUUCACGUCCGAGCCGUUAGAGAAAGCCAUUGUUAGCAACUUUUGAGGGGCAUAUCGAACUGUGUGGCGUAUUUUAUUAGUUUUGUGAAGUAACCGAAAAAAAAAAUCAAACAAAAUGUCGACAGUCGAUAAGGAAGAGCUGGUCCAGAAGGCUAAACUGGCCGAGCAGUCAGAACGUUACGAUGAUAUGGCCCAGGCCAUGAAGUCCGUCACAGAGACUGGCGUUGAGCUCUCAAAUGAGGAAAGAAAUCUGCUCUCCGUUGCCUACAAAAAUGUGGUCGGUGCCCGCAGGUCAUCGUGGCGUGUCAUCUCCUCCAUUGAGCAGAAAACCGAAGCAUCCGCUAGAAAACAGCAGCUCGCCCGUGAGUACAGAGAGCGCGUGGAGAAGGAGCUGAGGGAAAUCUGCUACGAAGUUUUGGGACUUCUGGACAAAUACCUUAUUCCAAAAGCCAGCAAUCCCGAGAGCAAGGUGUUCUACCUGAAGAUGAAGGGUGAUUACUACAGGUAUUUAGCCGAGGUUGCCACAGGAGAUGCACGCAACACCGUCGUUGAGGACUCGAAAAAUGCCUAUCAGGAGGCGUUCGAUAUUGCAAAAACCAAAAUGCAGCCCACACAUCCCAUCCGUUUGGGUCUGGCCCUUAACUUCUCAGUCUUCUACUAUGAGAUUUUGAACUCACCAGACAAAGCUUGCCAAUUGGCUAAACAGGCGUUCGAUAUUGCAAAAACCAAAAUGCAGCCCACACAUCCAAUCAGAUUAGGUCUUGCUCUCAACUUUUCCGUCUUCUAUUACGAAAUUAUCAAUUCACCAGCGAGGGCUUGUCACUUAGCUAAACAGGCGUUCGAUGAUGCGAUAGCCGAGCUGGACACACUGAACGAGGACUCCUACAAGGACUCGACACUCAUCAUGCAGCUGUUGAGGGACAACCUGACUCUCUGGACGUCCGACACCCAAGGCGACGAAGCUGAGCCACAGGAGGGCGGCGACAACUAACCAAACAACUAAGCAAAUGUUUCCUUUUUGACUAUGCAAAUAUUAUUCAGUAAUACAAACAAACAAAAACCAGAAACAACAAAGAGAAACAAAUAUUAUAAAACGCAACCAGCAAAGCAAAACAAUUUGAAAUGAAACGAUAAUCCAGGCGAGAGCAGCAGACAGGCAGGCAAAAAGCGCGAGCAUUUGAGACAUUAACAUACGAAUUGAGGGCAGAAUGCUUCACAGUUCAUUUGGGGCCGAUGGGCCGGCAUUUGAGGCCGUUUUCCCGAUUGUCACGGGUAGUUUUUAUCCGGGCUCCGGUUGCAAGCGAAUCCAGUAUACAGAUGGUCAAACGCUUGGACAGGACAGAUGCCGGCCAAUCCGACUCAAAUGUAGCUUAAGAUCUGCAACUGCUUAAGAAAUACAGAAAAAUACAGCAUCGCUGUGAGGGCCAAACGAAUGCGGACUAUUUGGGAGUUUGGCAUGAUUUUUCCGGAUUUUGAAUCAAAUUAAUCUAGCAGAUAAUUCGUAAUUGUGUGUGUUUUUCCCGAUCGAAACGGCCAAACUCUAGAUGCUCCGAAUUUGUUCGCCCUGGCGAUGCCUCGUGUGGAUUUCCUCCUUACAAAACAACAAAAAAACAACUAAAUAAUAUUCCUAACUGUAUACACAAGAAAUGAAAUGAGAUAAUCGGUUAUUAUACGUUUUUUGCAAGAGUCCAAAUUAAUUAUUUAAUUUUCGUAUUGCAACAGAAACAACUGCAAAAGAUACAGCAACAACAACAACCAAGCGAACCAAAUGAGAAAACAAAAAUAAAAACAAACUUAUGUAUUAUUUGUAAUUCUUUUUCUAAACAAAUAAAACCAAAAAACCUAGUUUCCCAUUUUACGUUUACUUCAUUUCGAAAUUGGUUCACUUUUCGUUUUUCAACCUGCCCCCCACACACACAAACAGAAGCACACACAGAUACACACAGUCACACACAGACAGGGCUGCAUUUAUAAUGCACGUGCGGAAAUCGGUUCAAAUCCCAUGAAUCAGGAACCAUAUCUGUUAGAGGAAUGUGGCGAGAACGGAAAAAUACAGAAAAUAUAUAAUUGUUCAUUGCUAUUUUUUAUACAUGUCUUACAUAAAACAAAAGGGUUAAAUCUACAAUUGCAAUUUCUUUGUUGUUUUUUCUUGGUAUAAACAAUUGUGAAAAGCAUAACUCAUAUAAUACAUACAUAUAACCAACUGUCGUCUGUCAAAUGAAUUUUUCGAACGAAAUGAAAUCUAAUAUCCCCUCGCGGAAGUCCACUAAUACUUUUUUUUUACUGUGCAACAUGGCGAAGGCACGAGUUUUAUUGUGCGCAAUGUCUGCCCAAUUUCCCAUUUAUUCGUUAGUUGGGUGUAACUUUUUGAAGUACAUACAUACAUAUGUGUACGUUUAAGCCCAGAGAAGCGUUUCCCCAACAAAGAAACAGCCACAAAUUGUUCCUAAAAUCUGGCGAUUUUUUCUUAGCUGUUUUAUUAUCGUUCGAAAAUGUGGUCGACUUCAUCAAUCUAUGACAAUUGCAGCCUGCAAAUCAGCAAUGGAAAUAUUAAAACGGAAAUUAAAUGAAGAUCGAAUCAAAAUACAUAAAUAUUGUGAACUAAACUAUUCAAAUUUUUAAUUUAAAUACAAGAAAACUUUGCAUGUGUAUUGAAAGAAAAUAUAUUAUUGUCCAGCAUACAGAACAUAUGUAUGUAUGAUAAAAGUAAAUGUAUAUUUUCGCAAUUGAAUUUAUCGCUAUAUUAUGAAUGUGAGGAAUAUAAAAAAAAGCAAACAAAAAAAAUAUAUAUUUAAAUAAAAGAAACACUUUUGCCGCAACGCUAAUAAGUCGAAUCCCAGAACAUAUAAAAUAAUAAUAUUGUGAAACUGCAAUACAUUCAUGAAACCGAAAAAUAAUAACAACCAGAUGAAAAUUAAACCGGGUGUAGGCGUAAAUUGUAUGCAUAUAACAGAGGCAAAGAUUGAUGUAUGAGUGGAAUAUUUAAGUUUAUUGAAAUUACAGUUUCUUAAUUACCAACAAAAAAAAAAACAAAAAAUUAAAUAAAUAAUACAAAAACCAA